CUUUCAGCAACCUCAUCACAACCUUCCAGCAACCUCAGUGGAUUCUUUAGCUCUUGGCCCGGAGCAACAGGAGGGAGUUCUUGUAUCCCUACUGGUACAGGUGCAGCAGAGCCAUCUACCAGCUGCCAUACUCAGUGAAGAUGGUUCAACCUACUUUGGGGGCUAUGGCUCUUAAGCGAAUCCAGAAGGAGUUAGUUGCCUUCUCUAAAGAUCCCCCAGCUCACUGUUCUGCAGGGCCAGUGGCAGAAAAUAUGUUUCAUUGGCAAGCAACCAUAAUGGGGCCUGAAGACAGCCCCUACCAGGGAGGGGUUUUUUUCCUGUCCAUCCAUUUUCCGAACAAUUACCCCUUCAAGCCCCCCAAAGUUUCGUUCAUAACCCGAAUUUACCAUCCAAACAUUAGCAAAAAUGGAAGUAUCUGUCUAGAUAUCUUGAAUUCUAUGUGGUCACCUGCACUUACCAUUUCCAAACUUCUUCUCUCUAUCUGUUCUCUAUUAUGUGAUCCAAACCCAGAUGACCCUCUGGUUCCUGAAAUUGCGAAGGUCUACCGCAAGGAUUUAAGAGAGUAUAAUAGAAUGGCUCGAGAGUGGACCAAGAGAUAUGCAAUGUAAUUUCAACAUAUAAUGUUCAUAAUAAUAAAAAGAGGUGGUUUACU